ACCGGUAUGGGUAAAUCAGCGGCCGCUACCAAAACAAAAACUGGAGGCUUUACAUUCAUUAGCAAAUGAACAGUUCGAAAAGGGACAUAUUGAGCCUUCAUUCUCGCCUUGGAAUUCCCCUGUGUUUGUAAUUCAGAAGAAAUCCAGCAAAUGGUGUAAGUUAACUGACUUAAGGGCCGUAAACGCCGUAUAUCAACCCAUGAGGCCUCUCCAACCCUGGUUGCCCUCUCUGGCCAUGAUCCCAAAGACUGGCCUUUAAUUAUAAUUGAUCUAAAGGAUUGCUUUUUUACCAUCCCUCUGGCGGAGCAGGAUUGCGAAAAAUUUGCCUUUACUAUACCAGCCAUAAAUAAUAAAGAACCAGCCACCAGGUUUCAGUGGAAAGUGUUACCUCAGGGAAUGCUUAAUAGUCCAACUAUUUGUCAGACUUUUGUAGGUCGUGCUCUUUAACCAGUUAGAGACAAGUUUUCAGACUGUUAUUCAUUAUAUUGAUGAUAUUUUGUGUGCUGCAGAAACAAGAGAUAAAUUAAUUGACUUAUACAUUUCUGCAAGCAGAGGUUGCCAACGCAGGACUGGCAAUAGCAUCUGAUAAGAUCCAAACCUCUACUCCUUUUCAUUAUUUAGGGAUGCAGAUAGAGAAUAGAAAAAUUAAGCCACAAAAAAUAGAAAUAAGAAAAGACACAUUAAAAACACUAAAUGAUUUUCAAAAAUUGCUGGGAGAUAUUAAUUGGAUUCGGCCAACUCUAGGCAUUCCUACUUAUGCCAUGUCAAAUUUGUUCUCUAUCUUAAGAGGAGACUCAGACUUAAAUAGUAAGAGAAUGUUAAUCCCAGAGGCAACAAAAGAAAUUAAAUUAGUGGAAGAAAAAAUUCAGUCAGCACAAAUAAAUAGAACAGAUCCCUUAGCACCACUCCAACUUUUGAUUUUUGCUACUGCAAAUUCUCCAACAGGCAUCAUUAUUCAAAAUACUGAUCUUGUGUAGUGGUCAUUCCUUCCUCACAGUACAGUUAAGACUUUUACAUUGUACUUGGAUCAAAUAGCCACAUUAAUUGGUCAGACAAGAUUACGAAUAAUAAAAUUAUGUGGAAAUGACCCAGACAAAAUAGUUGUCCCUUUAACCAAGGAACAAAUUAGACAAGCCUUUAUCAAUUCUGGUGCAUGGCAGAUUGGUCUUGCCAAUUUUGUGGGAAUUAUUGAUAAUCAUUACCUGAAAACAAAAAUCUUCCAGUUUUUAAAACUGACUACUUGGAUUCUACCUAAAAUUACCAGACGGGAACCUUUAGAAAAUGCUCUAACAGUAUUUACUGAUGGUUCCAGCAAUGGAAAAGUGGCUUACACAGGGCCAAAAGAACGAGUAAUCAAAACUCCAUAUCAAUUGGCUCAAAGAGCAGAGCUGGUUGCAGUCAUUACAGUGUUACAAGAUUUUGAUCAACCUAUCAAUAUUGUAUCAGAUUCUGCAUAUGUAGUACAGGCUACAAGGGAUGUUGAGACAGCUCUAAUCAAAUAUAGCAUGGAUGAUCAGUUAAACCAGCUAUUCAAUUUAUUGCAACAAACUGUAAGAAAAAGAAAUUUCCCAUUUUAUAUUACUCAUAUUCGAGCACACACUAAUUUACCAGGGCCUUUGACUAAAGCAAAUGAACAAACUGACUUACUGGUAUCAUCUGCAUUCAUAAAAGCACGAGAACUUCAUGCUUUGACUCAUGUAAAUGCAGCAGGAUUAAAAAACAAAUUUGAUGUCACAUGGAAACAGGCAAAAGAUAUUGUACAACAUUGCACCCAGUGUCAAGUCUUACAUCUGCCCACUCAAGAGGCAGGAGUUAAUCCCAGAGGUCUGCGUCCUAAUGCAUUAUGGCAAAUGGAUGUCACGCAUGUACCUUCAUUUGGAAGAUUGUCGUAUGUUCAUGUAACAGUUGAUACUUAUUCACAUUUCAUAUGGGCAACUUGCCAAACAGGAGAAAGUACUUCCCAUGUUAAAAAACAUUUAUUAUCUUGUUUUGCUGUAAUGGGAGUUCCAGAAAAAAUCAAAACUGACAAUGGACCAGGAUAUUGUAGUAAAGCUUUCCAAAGAUUCUUAAAUCGGUGGAAAAUUUCACAUACAACAGGAAUUCCCUAUAAUUCCCAAGGAUAGGCCAUAGUUGAAAGAACUAAUAGAACACUCAAAACUCAAUUAGUUAAACAAAAAGAAGGGGGAGACAGUAAAGAGUGUACCACUCCUCAGAUGCAACUUAAUCUAGCACUCUAUACUUUAAAUUUUUUAAACAUUUAUAGAAAUCAGACUACUACUUCUGCAGAACAACAUCUUACUGGUAAAAAGAACAGCCCACAUGAAGGAAAAUUGAUUUGGUGGAAAGAUAAUAAAAAUAAGACAUGGGAAAUAGGGAAGGUGAUAACGUGGGGGAGAGGUUUUGCUUGUGUUUCACCAGGAGAAAAUCAGCUUCCUGUUUGGAUACCCACUAGACAUUUGAAGUUCUACAAUGAACCCAUCGGAGAUGCAAAGAAAAGCACCUCCGCGGAGACGGAGACACCGCAAUCGAGCACUGUCAACUCACAAGAUGAACAAAAUGAUGAUGUCAGAAGAACAGAUGAAGUUGCCAUCCACCAAGAAGGCAGAGCCGCUGACUUGGGCACAACUAAAGAAGCUGACGCAGUUAGCUACAAAAUGUCUAGAGAACACAAAGAUGACACAAACUCCAGAGAGUAUGCUGCUUGCAGCAUUGAUGAUUGUAUCAACGGUGCACUGUAUUCUGCUGGUGAGAGCAAGAGAAGGCAUGUGGAUCCCUGUGUCCAUGGACCGACUGUGGGAGGCCUCGCCAUCCAUCCAUAUUUUGACUGAAGUAUUAAAAGGCAUUUUAAAUAGAUCCAAAAGAUUCAUUUUUACUUUAAUUACAGUGAUUAUGGGAUUAAUUGCAGUCACAGCUAUGGCUGCUAUAGCAGGAGUUGCGUUGCACUCUUCUGUUCAGUCAGUAAACUUUGUUAAUGAUUGGCAAAAGAAUUCUACGAGAUUGUGGAAUUCGCAAUCUGGAAUUGAUCAAAAAUUGGCAAAUCAAAUUAAUGAUCUUAGACAAACUGUCAUUUGGAUGGGAGACAGGCUCAUGAGCUUAGAAUAUCAUUUCCAGUUACAAUGUGACUGGAAUAUGUCAGAUUUUUGUAUUACACCCCAAAUUUAUAAUGAGUCUGAGUAUCACUGGGACGUGGUUAGACGCCAUCUACAGGGAAGAGAAGAUAAUCUCACUUUAGACAUUUCCAAAUUAAAAGAACAAAUUUUUGAAACAUCAAAAGCCCAUUUAAAUUUGGUGCCAGGAACUGAGGCAAUCGCAGGAGUUGCUGAUGGCCUCGCAAAUCUUAACCCUGUCACUUGGGUUAAGACCAUCGGAAGUACUAUGAUUAUAAAUUUCAUAUUAAUCCUUGUGUGCCUGUUUUGUCUGUUGUUAGUCUGCAGGUGUACCCAACAGCUCUGAAGAGACAGCGACCAUUGAGAAUGGGCCAUGAUGACGAUGGCUGUUUUGUUGAAAAGAAAAGGGGGAAAUGUGGGGAAAAGAAAGAGAGAUCAGAUGGUUACUGCGUCUGCAUAGAAAGAAGUAGACACAGGAGACUCCAUUUUGUUCUGUAUUAAGAAAAAUUCUUCUGCCUUGAGAUGCUGUUAAUCUGUAACCUUACCCCAACCCCAUGCUCUCUGAAACACAUGAUGUGUCAACUCAGGGUUAAAUGGAUUAAGGGCUGUGCAGGAUGUGCUUUGUUAAACAGAUACUUGAAGGCAGCAUGCUCCUUUAGAGUCAUCACCACUCCCUAAUCUCAACUACCCAGGGACACAAACACUGCGGAAGGCCACAGGGACCUCUGCCUAGGAAAGCCAGGUAUUGUCCAAGGUUUCUCCCCAUGUGAUAGUCUGAAAUAUGGCCUCGUGGGAAGGGAAAGACCUGACCGUCCCCCAGCCCGACACCCAUAAAGGGUCUGUGCUGAGGAGGAUUAGUAUAAGAGGAAGGCAUGCCUCUUUGCAGUUGAGACAAGAGGAAGGCAUCUGUCUCCUGCCCGUCCCUGGGCAAUGGAAUGUCUCAGUAUAAAACCCAAUUGUAUGUUCCAUCUACUGAGAAAGGGGAAAACCGCCUUAGGGCUGGAGGUGGGACAUGCGGGCAACAAUGCUGCUCUGUAUGGCAUUGAGAUGUUUAUGUGUAUGCAUAUCUAAAGCACAGCACUUAAUUCUUUACCUUGUCUAUGAUACAGAGACCUUUGUUCACGUGUUUAUCUGCUGACCUUCUCUCCAUUAUUAUCCUAUGACCCUGCCACAUCCCCCUCUCUGAGAAACACCCAAGAAUGAUCAAUAAAUACUAAGGGAACUCAGAGGCUGGUGGGAUCCUCCGUAUGCUGAACGCUGGUC